AAGGUUCACCAUGAGGACUAGGGUCGCUCUCCAGCUGGGCUUCUGUGGCCUGUGCCUAUCUGUGGCGUUUCUUGGAGAAGGAAUUGGAGUGGAGCUUCCUGAUCCACCAGCAGUAAACUGUGCUUGGAGCCACUGGUCACAGUGGAGUUCUUGUGAUCCUUGCAUAAAAACCAGAAGGCGCUCUCGAGGUAUUGAAGUGUUCGGCCAGUUUGGUGGCGAGUCCUGCCAGGGAUCACUAGGGGAGAGGGAGUUCUGUGUAACAGAUGCGAAAUGUGAACUACCGCCUCCCCCUGUGUGCUCCGAUUUAGAUUUCCAGUGCGAGUCAGGUUUUUGCAUUAAGAAGAGAUUAAUGUGCAAUGGGGACUAUGACUGUGAGGAUGGAUCAGAUGAGGACUGUGACCCUGGACGUAAACCCUGUGGUUCGUCAGUCCUGGAAAGCAAUGAGCAAGGCAGGACAGCAGGAUACGGAAUCAACAUCCUGGGUGCAGAUCCUCGAAUUAAUCCCUUCAACAAUGACUACUUCAAUGGGCGGUGUGAUCGAGUGAGGAAUCCAAACACUGGGAGGUUUGACAGGCUCCCCUGGAAUAUUGGUGUGCUUAACUAUCAGACUCUAGUGGAAGAAACCGUUUCUAGAGAAAUCUAUGAGGACACACACAGCCUCCUGAGGGAACUGCUGAAAGAGAUGAGUGUUAAAGUUGACACUGGACUUUCCUUCAAAUUCAAACCAUCUGAGCCGUCCUUGUCCAAUUCUUCUAUAAAGUUGGGUUUUGAGAAUCAAUACGAGAAGAAAACCAUGAUUAAGGAGGUCUCAGAGUUCUCCACCAUUAAGAAUAAGAGCUUUAUGCGGGUGAAGGGCACAGUACAGCUGAGUACCUACAGGCUGCGCUCCCGUGAGCUUCAAGUGGCCGAUGAAUUCCUGGAGCAUGUGAAAUCUUUGCCGUUGCAGUAUGACAAGGGUAUUUAUUUUGCCUUCCUGGAGGACUAUGGAACUCACUACACCAAAAACGGGAAAUCUGGUGGCGAAUAUGAGUUGGUCUAUGUUCUCAACCAGGACACCAUCAAGGAAAAAAAUCUGACAGAGAGAAGUGUUCAAAACUGCGUCAAAAUAGGUAUCACAGCAGAUUUUGAUGGCACGGCUUUGACUGAUGCAAAAGCACACGCAAAACGUGACGGGUGUGAUACUGUAACAACCAAAGACACAGCUGAUAUUCAUGGAAAAGCAGUGGUGGACAAGGUGAUGACUUCAGUGAAAGGAGGUACUCUACAAAGUGCUGUUACUAUGAGGGCUAAGUUGAACAGGGAAGGGGUGAUGGACAUUACUACGUACCAGGACUGGGCCAGGUCCAUCGCUGAGGCACCUGCCCUGAUUAACAGUGAGCCAGAGCCCAUCUAUAUGUUAAUUCCACUGGAUAUGCCAGACGCUAAUUCCAGGAUAUCCAACCUGAAGCAGGCCACAGCAGACUAUGUAGCAGAGUAUAACGUGUGCAAGUGUAAGCCUUGUCAUAACGGAGGCACUCUGGCUCUGCUGGAUGGGAAGUGUAUGUGCCUGUGCCCUCACCUGUUUGAAGGCCUGGCCUGCCAGAAUUUCAAGGUUGAUAAAUCCAAAACACCGGGUACAAGACCUACUGUUAAUCAGGAAGGUAACUGGUCGUGCUGGUCUAGCUGGUCCAUCUGUAGCGGAGCGAAACGCACCAGGACACGCAGCUGUAACACAGCCGGGCUUCCUGGAGCUGUGUGCAGAGGAGACACCAAAAGUGAAGAACACUGCUAAAGUGAUGAUAAAUGAUCAUUUAACAGUGUCUCCCUCUCUCUGACACAAACACUGUACACACACAACCUAUAUUUAAAAGAUAAAAAUCUAAUCAUUUAAA